ACCUGUCCGAAAAACGAGCAUUGGGAAUACUUGUCUUCUGUCAUCUCCAGUGAAACCGGUGGUCAAGGGAACACUUGUCUGCUGUCAUCUCCAGUGAACUCAGUGGUCAAGGUAACACUUGUCUGCUGUCAUCUUCAGUGAAUCUAGUGGGCAAAGGAACACUUGUGUUUGUCAUCUUUAGUGAGCCCAGUGGUCAAGGGAACAAUUGUCUGUUGUCAUCUCUAGUGAACCCAGUGGUCAAGGAACACUUGUCUGCUGUCAUCUCCAGUGAACUCGGUGGUCAAGAACUAAAUUAUUACUCUUCCUUAGUUCAAUCCGUAUUUCAACCAAGCUGUGAUUACCUUGACGAGAAGCCUAUGACGACCCGUCUCAGACCACGACAAUUUUCUUGAAUCGUCCUCACCUCGUCCGUCCGACAAUUUUAAUGGACUUGAGCGUUCCAAAACGUUCCGUAUCGCCACCCGUUGUGCCAUCAGCACACCCACUGGCACCCUCUCUCCGAUCCAGCAUAAUUGGUCCCUUUCUCUCGUCCGUCGGCACGCCUACUUUCCCGUCAACCGCUGUGUCCGACAUGGUACACUUUCCUCACGCCCCGGCAUCAGCAGCAGUCUCUCCUCAGAGGCCUCCGGAUUUCUCUCCGGUCGCUGUUUACGGGUCCAGUGAGCCUUCUCCGUCGGUUUUUUCCUCCAACGUCACGACUUCACCAAUGUUGACAGGUAGUCUUAACACGAUGUACCUCAACUCUCGACUAGGUGACACACUGGCGCCACCUAGGGCGUUACCAUCCGAGUUUUCACCGUACGGACUUCGACCUUAUGACUUUGCACGCCACAUUCUCACAUCACAAACUGCUGUUACGAAAAUUUUAGGAACACUCCGUCCAGGCGUUAUUGGAGGAAGUAAACCGAAGGUGGCGACACCAGCGGUAGUGGCUAAAAUCGAACAGUACAAGAGAGAGAAUCCUACGAUUUUUGCCUGGGAAAUUAGAGAACGUCUCAUCUCGGAAAGGGUUUGUACAAAUAACACUGCACCAAGUGUCAGUUCCAUUAAUCGGAUCCUGAGAAACCGAGCAGCAGAACGAGCCGCUGUAGAGUUCGCCCGAGCCGCUGGUUACAGUAUGUACCAUCCAUACACGGCUGCUUUUCCGUGGAGUCCGACGUCAACCCCUCAUAUGUGGCCGUCCUUCUCUGGAACACACCUCCCCCAUGGAACAACCACAGAUCCGGUAGCUUUAGCAAUGAUAUCCCUGCAAGAACAACGGGCAGCGGGUUCCAUUAAUAAAGAUAAUGACGAGGGUCCAAGUUUGGACACAACUGGAAGACCGAAGUUUCGACGAAACCGUACAACUUUCAAUCCUGAGCAGCUAGAAGUUUUGGAAAAUGAGUUCUUAAAAACACAUUACCCGUGUGUUAAUACGCGCGAGCGUCUUGCCGCUAAAACUGACCUGUCAGAAGCAAGGGUGCAGGUGAGGUUUUUAUCUACCACACUAAGGCUUCCAAAACAACCAGUUUAUCAACCAAAAGAGGAUAUAAUUUCCAAGUCUGAUUCUGGAUAA